GCUCUUGGUUUUGGAGUGACGACUCACCCUUCAGGAUGAGUGGUUGGACCAAUCAGAGGCAGGGAAAUACCAGCGAAGGCGGGGCUUGCAUGGAAAUGGAACCAAAAAGUGGAAAGCUGCACAGCGCCCCCUGUGGAGAGCUCAGGUUCUACAUCUGCUCCACCACAGCCAGCUCCUCUUCCAAAGUUGUCCCCAGCGACAGGAAACCAGGAAUCAUCCACGGUCCAAGUCUGUUUAAUGUUGUGUGGGGCAACAGCUACUUGUUGGCGGAGGAGAUUCUCCGCUCGUCCUCCUUCCUCAAGGAGCUCUGGUCUGGUCAGCUGACUCAGCGCUGCUACAACAACUUCAUCCAGCAGGAGGCGCUCUAUCUGCACAGAGUCAGCAGCACACUGGAGACACUGAUGCGUAGUUUACAGGAAGCAGAUGAGAACACGAGAUCACUGCUGCUGGACACACUUCAACACUACAGCAGCAGAAACCAGAGCCCCCUCACUUCACCUCCCCCACAGUGGCUCCACUUCGCCCUGCAGUCUUUCCACUCUGUGGUUUUGGAGGAGCCGAUCUAUUGGCUGGUGGCCCUGUCGGCCCGGGCCUGCCUCCGGGACUUUUUGGCUGAGCUCAAGCCUGGUUCCCCGCUGGUGUCUGGGUCUGAGGAUAAGGCCUCCAGCAUCUACCAGCAGUGGAGUGAAGAGAGUGUAAAGGAGGUCGCCUGGAUUCGCAGAUACAGAAAGGUGUUAGAGGAAUACCAGGACCAGAUAGACGUGUUUAAAGCCAUAAACAUCUUCCACGACUACAUGGUGAACCAGAAGAAUUUCUACAAGGCUGUGGACUGUGAUGUAGGGAUGAAAAAUUAUGAAGAGGAGCAGGGUGGCCUCGCUGGUGAAGGGUUUUUCCAAACAGGAAGGAAGUGACUUCUCUUCUACAAGUUUGUGUGUAGUUACAAUACAUUGUACCUAGAAUGAGUGCUCUACUUCCUGUUCACCUUGCUUGCAAACAUCAAGGAGUUGAGGGACAGCGCAUAUUAAAGCAUAUUCCACUUGUUUGGAUUUCUCUUGUGAAUGUGGAGGUAAAAACUUUGGUUAUCAUUUGUUAGAUUGAACGAUAUUAUUAGCUUGUUUACUGUAUUUACUUUUUCUACCAACUCCACUAUGUUGCUGUUCUUCUACUAGAUGAAGGAUUUUCUGGAUAAGAGAGCGUCUGUAAAAGAAAAAUAAUGAACAAACUGACAAUUACUUUCCUCUUUAUUGACCAUUUAAAAAUAGAUUUAGUUUGGUUUAUUGUCUUACUUUAUUUGACAGGGGCAGUACUUAUUGAAAAUAUGCCAGUGAACCAGAAAGGCUACUUUUCAUCUGCAGUCGUAUUUAAACAGUACUGUAGUACUUUUUAUAGAAAGUAUACAAAGGGAUAAAUUACAGUACAUAAAAUGUAAAGGCGACUCAUUUCAUUAUAAAACAUUGUAACAAAAUACUGAGAUGGAAGCUCAGGUAAACUCCCAAUGUAACGUUGCAGUAAGAGUUUUAUCAGCUGCAGGUGUAAGUAAUCCAUGCCCGUUACAUGAUCACGUUACAUUUACUACAUUUAGCCGACGUGCUACAGCGUUAGCUCGCCUGCUGCUUUUCUGCAAAUAUCUUUACUAUCUGUAAAAUCUGUCACUGGAGGCUCAGCAAUAUCAGCACAGCUACAUGUAUUGGAUAAUGAAACGGUUAGUGAGCUGGAAUGGAUAUUAUAAUGAGAUAGUGUCACACUUUAUAACAGUAACACCGCUUAACUGUAACUAGUGUUAGUGGAUGGCUCUUCCUUCCUCUAGGUUGUUGUGACCUUUUUGUUGCAGUGUUUUAUAUUAUGUGGGUCAAGUUAGUUACAGCGACUGAGAGGUGGAGAAGCUGUGAACCUGAGUAUUGGUAAAACCACAAUAAACAACUGAACGUUACCAAGCCAACAGCAGCAGGUCCGAGCUACUGUAGCGUUAGCUGGCUGCUCCUGGCUUCAGCACAUAAAACUUCCUUGUUGUUUUGUAUCCUUACGUGGAGCCUGUGUUUGCUGUGAGCCGGUUGUUUUAUGGUGUU